AAAAUGAAUGCACAAAACUAGAAGAUGAUACUGGCCUUGGUACUGUGCAUCCUGGUUGCAGGAGCAGGGAAUAUAGCAGCACGGGAAGAGAGUUGCGAUCACAUGUGCGGGAACGUGAGCUUCCCCUAUCCCUUCGGCACCAGGGAUGGCUGCUUUAUGAAUCCAAAAUUCCUCGUUACCUGCAACUCUUCUUCCCCUGAAAUUCACAUUCCCUAUUUAGCAGGCUUUUACCAAUUGACGUCCAACAUCUCCCUGGAUGCUGGCCAUGGUGAGAUACGCCUCUCUCUUAAAGCUACUCGUAAAUGUGAGCAUAAAGAAGGAUACCUGAGGGCGCCUCUAUUAUUAGAUGAACCGAAUACUCCUUUUCUUAUAUCCAAUAGAAAGAACAAAUUCACUGUAGUGGGGUGUCGCACCAUGGCUUCCAUCAAAGAUACCGUGGAAAAUGGGUAUGAAGCUGGGUGCCUGUCCAGAUGUCAGAGCGUGAAAUACGUGACGAACGGAUCCUGUUCAGGUGUAGGCUGUUGCCAGAUCACUUUCCCCAAAGCGCUUCAGAAUUACACUAUCAGUAUUAAGCUCACUGAGGGUGACAAUAUUGAAGAUGUGCGAGCAUUUAAUCCUUGCAGCUACGCAUUUUUGGCGGAGGACGGAUCCUUCAACUUUUCCGCUCGAGAUCUUGGUCCUUGGAGUGAUGAUGAAAAAAGCUUUCCUGUGGUUUUCAAUUGGGCUAUUGGCACUGAGAAAUGUGCCAGAGCCAAAACGAAUACGAGUAGCUAUGCAUGUGGCACUAACAGUCAUUGCCAUGACUCAGAAAGUGGAAUCGGCUAUCUCUGCAAAUGUAAUGAUGGCUUCCAAGGCAACCCCUACCUCUCUCACCCUCAUCCACACAGCUGCCGAGAUAUUGAUGAAUGCAAGACGCAGAAUCCUUGCAGUAUGAGAUGCCACAAUAACGAUGGUAACUGCACUUGUUCUUGUCCACCGGGAUAUAAAGGCGACGGACGCAUUCGUGGAUCAGGCUGCAAACUCCCUAUUGUUGAAAUAUCAUUAGGUAUUACUAUAGGUUUGCUGUUUGUUUUCAUGUUAGUCUCUGCAUUUUGUUGGGUGCACAAGAAAAGAGCAAUUAAAAAAGUGCGAAGAAAAUAUUUUGAACAAAAUGGAGGAAUUAUACUACAACAGUUUUUGCAGCAACAAGGUCACCAAGAAAGAACCAAAAUAUUUACCGAAGCUGAGCUUAAGAGUGCCACAAACAACUUUGAUGAAGGUAAAAUUCUUGGUCGUGGAGGGCAAGGUGUAGUUUACAAGGGUGUAUUGCCUGACAAGACCCUUUUGGCUAUUAAGAAGUCUAGAAUAGGAGGGGAUCCUAAACAAAUUAAAGAUUUCAUUAAUGAAAUAGCUGUGCUUUCUCAAGUCAACCAUAGAAAUAUAGUCAAACUUUUAGGAUGUUGUCUUGAAACUGAAAUUCCUUUGUUGGUUUAUGAGUUUGUAGAUAAUGGAACCCUUCUUGACCACAUAAAUCCUUUGAAGAAUGGGUUUUCUAUUUCAUGGGAAACUCGAUUACAGGUAGCAGCAGAAACUGCUGAGGCUGUUUCAUAUCUACACUCUUCUGCUUCCAUUCCAAUCAUUCAUCGAGAUAUUAAAUCUACCAACAUACUUUUAGAUCAUAAUCUUAGAGCAAAAGUGUCUGACUUUGGAGCUUCAAAACUUGUUCCUCUUGAUGAAACUCAUAUUACCACUGUGGUGCAAGGUACUCUUGGAUACUUGGAUCCAGAAUACCUUUUCAUAGGUCAACUGAAUGAGAAGAGUGAUGUUUAUAGCUUUGGAGUUGUUCUUAUUGAGCUACUUACUGGAAAAAAAGCAAUUGAAUUUAGCAAGCCAGAGCAGGAAAACUUAGCCAUGCACUUUGUGUCUUCAAUGAAAGAAGACCGUUUGUGGGAAAUUCUUGAUAAAAGAGUACUAGACCAAAAGAAUGAAAAGGAACUGAAAGAAGUGGCCUUGUUGGCAAGGAGAUGCAUAAAAGUAAAAGGCAAGGAAAGGCCGAGCAUGAAAGAAGUAGCAAAGGAGCUAGAGGGUCUGAUUUCAAUGGAAAACCAUCCUUUAGAGAACUAGAGGGCGAAGAUCUAGUCAUGUACUUUAUGGAUAUAUGUGAUAGCUUACCUCGGAAAACCUGGAUACAAACUGUUCUUUUUGUGUGUGUUUUCGCUCUUAUUUUAUCAUGUUGUAUUCCAAAUGUACGUUUUGAAUAAUAAGAUGUUGUGUCUUGUGUGUGUGUU